GGUUUCGCCAUAACAAUGCAUUUCAAGGCACACACACGCGCCAAGCACUGUUUUCUGUUGCUGUGCUGCUAAUGUUGUUCCGCACGUAUAACGGUGUCUCGCACUGAGGUGAACGCUGCCGUGAACCCGCUGGAUGUUUUAGUUUUUUUUUUUUUCUGGAGUAAAAACAGAAUCUAUGUGCAGCAGCUGGGGGCGUUGUGUUAGCUGGUUAGCGAUAGCAAGCUAAUAGAAGCGUCCGUCGGGGACAUUGUCAGAAGAGAAUCUGUCGGAGGAAACAGCAGCGGAUUCAUAGUCGCUCUGCGUCCGUUUCUUAUGGUGCUCGUCUCUCUGCGGUUACACGGGAGGAUAAGUUGAUGGGAAACGACGUCUCUGAAGCUGCAACACCUGCCAUUUCCCCUUCACACCGACCGAGCAAACUAGCAAACAAAGGUUGAGACAAUCAGAGGCAACAUAAAAGUGCCUCCACUGUACGGUUUCCUUUCCCAGAGCGUGACUCGUCUGCACGACGUCACCAAUGCGACCAUGGGAAAUAGCAGUAAAUAGGCUGCCACCAACAGCCCCCUUAAACCCCAGGAGGUUCCUUGGAGAGCCCUGCAACGCCCCAGUGCAUCUCAGGAGAAGCCCACCAGUGAGACGCCAGUGGGGGAGAAGAGACAGACCUGUGCUGCACACUUCCCUGGUCCAGGAUGAGAACUUCCAUCAUCUGCUUUUCUCCCAGCAUCACCAACAGGUUCCUUUAGAUGAAUCCAGACAAUACAGCCACACCAGCACAGCACCACGCAUGCUUCACCCUGCUGCUCACCUGCCCCAGCAGAGUCCCAUCAUGGUGGAUCUACACGAGCAGAUGCACCAGGGAUCAGUUCCAAUAUCAUACACUGUUACGACGGUGACGACCCACGGGUUUCCCAUCCACACCGGGCAGCCCCUUCCAGGGUGCAACACUCAGCAGCUCCCAGCAUGCUCGGUAAUGUUCAGCGGACAGCUCUCUCUGCUCUGCUGCCUUCCUCCUCCUGUGAGUUUGAAAAGGAAGAGCUCAAAUCUCAUACAGGCAUGUACCAUGCAGCAUAUGCCAGUGUCUUAUCAAGCCUUUCCACCGCUGAUCUCCAGCGAACAUUUUGUAUUGCACCCGACCCCAUCUGUACCCCCCCACCAGCCUCCGCACCUUACUCCUUUGAGCCAGUUUGUCCCUUUACAGCCUCAGCACCCACGCAUGCCUCUACAGAGGGUAGAGAAUGAAGUUGACCUAAGAGGGGACCAGCACCCAUUAGGGACCUUCUCCUACCCUCCUUCUCUUCACCCACCAGCGCUGCCUCCUUCUCUGCCCUUGCAGUACCUUCCUCAAGAGCCUCUGCAUCAGGAGCUUCCCUUCGGAGUGCCAUAUCCCCAAAUGUUGCCCCGACGAGUGAGCGGACAGAGAUACCGGUUGCAGCAACCUCUCCCCCCUCCUCCACCCCCUCCUUCUUAUUACCCAGGCUUCCUCCCCUACUUCCUGUCGAUGCUUCCUGUGCCUCCAACAGCGGUGGGCCCAGCCAUCAGUCUAGACCUGGAUGUGGAUGAUGUUGAGAUGGAGAACUAUGAGGCAUUACUCAAUCUGGCUGAGAGGUUGGGUGAAGCGAAACCACGUGGACUCACAAAAGCAGAUAUAGAGCAACUCCCGUCCUACAGAUUCAACUCAGAGAAUCAUUUAUCUGAACAAACGCUGUGUGUUGUGUGCUUUAGUGACUUUGAGUGUAGGCAGCUACUUCGGGUAUUACCCUGUAACCACGAAUUCCACGCCAAGUGUGUGGAUAAAUGGUUAAAGACCAAUCGCACUUGUCCCAUCUGUCGAGCCGAUGCCUCGGACGUUCACCGGGAGGUGGAGUGAGAACUUUCUCUGAGCUGAGUGCUGAACUGGAAACCUGCACACUCCAGAGUCUGCCCCAAAGCUGGGGACACCUGCCACCGUACCUGCGUCCUCCAGUAAAUUAUAGCUUACCGACCCACUACUCCCACCCACCCCCACCCCCUUCCUAAAAUUAUAAGCAAUCCAGGAUUGUUUCUGGAGCCUGUUGUACCUCUGCUGUGCUUCAUGGUCUGAGUCUCAUGAAACCCACUGCCUAUCGCAGCCUAGAGCCAGAGUUCUGGGAUCGCCAGCCAGUUUUUUCUCUGCCCCCACUUUGCAGAUUCCAAAGAUUCCCCCCUGCAAUGCAUCAUUUGCUGCUUUUGUUUACAGGGUUUCAUUUUUCCGUGAUGGAUUAGGUCGUGGUGUUCGUGAAUAGCGGGCGUCCUGCGUUUGGAAGAGGCGAAUCAGGAGCGUGGAGAAUCGUAAGCUGGACACCUUGUGCUAUUAGCAGAUAAUUAAUAGGAACACGCCAACGUGGGCGUCUGUGUGUGGAAGGCGACGCCUGACCGGCACAGAUGCAUGAUUGUGUAAGGUGUUGGGCAAAUUCACUUGUUAAUGUAUGUUCUGCAAUAAUAUAUUGAUCAUUUCAACUGUUUUAUCCCUGAUUUGUUUUUUUUUAUUUUAUUUUUGCCAAUGCUUUUGUGAACGUGUGACCUUGCUGUGGUUAAAUGCAUAUUGUGUUAAGCCUGAGGUUAUGGGACGUGCAACUGUGGGUUAUCUUCUAACCCAGAUAAUCCACGCUGGGACACAGAUCUGUACAAAAGCAGUUGUGGAUUAAUGGACAGCGUCUUUUUUUUUUUUUGAGGUCAUCUGGCAUAACUGCACAAGUGCUACAGCCACAUCAGCAUUGUUCCUCUGGCAAGUGUGUGUCCACGUGUGUGCGUGUGCAUAUUGUGUGUGUUUGUCCUGUCCACAGACCCAAUGCAUUGUGUAACCACUGGAUACAGGGCAGCAUGCUAGGAUUUGCAUGAACUGUUGAUUCAGACUAGCAAUAUUUUAACCAAGCAUUGCCACCAAAAUUAUCAAAUUUUAAGAAAAGAAAAGACAAAGACGCAAACUAAAAGAACUGCUUGCUUAUUCAGAAAGCGCCAUGAGGGAAGACUUGCAUGUUGUUUCCACACUGACUGCGUUAAAGGAUGGGAGUUGGCGCCUGAAGGCUACGCUGUUGCCAUAGAGCUCUGGAGGCCUGUGCAGAAAGCAAUAUGUGCAGUGAGUGGCGAGUUUCAAACGAACAUUUUCUUGCCCUUUUAGAAAAGACAGGGCUUUUUAUUUCUUCGUCUGUGAGCCAAAUCAAUAUACAGAUAUAGCCUACUGUUCAAGAUUUCAGAUCUGCCUUCUAAUGACCUUGACAAGCACAAACCUAGAACUAAUCCUGAAAACACUUUGUCAUUUCCACCUGUUUUAAAAAGUUUCUUUCUUCUUCUUUUUUUUUUUUUUGUUUAUUUAUUGGUUUUAUCUUUGAGAGGGAAAAAAAACAACAACAACAACAAAAAACAUUGAAGGAAACAGUUGGAGCACUAACAAUGUCUGUGUAUGGUAUAUGUUAUAUUCUGGUAACUCGGUGGGGUCGUUGGUCUGCGGCCACGUUAGCAGUGUUGUAAAAGAGCGACUGUAUGUUUACCUUCAGUGUGAAUGCGUUUCGAUCGUUUGAAGACAGAAGAAUGUUGAAAACCCUUUGUAGAAGUCACUGGUGGCUCUCCAGCUGUCUGUCCCAUCUGUGAUCAGGACGGCCCUGUCGUCGUGUAGAAACACUGGUCGACUUCUAGUCCCCAGCUUUUGUGUUCACACACACACACACACACACACAAAAACCUGUUAUAUUUGGGGUGGGUGGGAGGGAGAAGAGCAACAAACGAACUCUUACUUUGGAUUCACUCUUGUCUCUUAGCGGCCCCAGUAAGCACUAAAAGGCAUUUGUAACCUUUGCUUUAUCGUGUGAAGGGAUCUUGCCUCUUUUUUCUUUUUUCUUUUUGUCCUUUUUGUUUCGUUUCUUAAGUGAAUGUGAGUCUUUGACAUCUGUGCCACCUUCAAGAGAAAAAAAGAAGCCAUUUAACGAGUUUUAACCCACAGCUUUGAGAAUUAACCUAUGUGUACAUAUCUAUUCGCUGGCAUAUAUUGUAUGUUAAAAAAAAAAUCACUCAGGGCCUCUCAGUAUAUAUAAAAAAAUAAAGGAGAACAGUCCAUUUUAAAUGGAAAGGAUGCCAUGAAAAGGGUAUAUCUGACUUUAGUUUGGUCGUUUUUUUCCUCAGACCAUAAAUAAUUUAAUGUAAUCAAUGGUAAUAUUCUGUUUUGUCUGAAAUAGUAGAUAUUAUAAUAUCAUUUAACGACAGGCAUGCAAGAAAAAAAGAUCAGUAAAUAUGUUAUUAAUAUUCACUGAAAAGAGGCAAUGUACACUGCAACUCAUUACAAGUGUAUUAUUCAAACCUGUUUGACUUUUUUUUGUUUUUGUUCUUGUACUAAAACCAUAUGUUGAGACAUAGCGGUUGUGAUCCCGUUUUCUGAACGUGCCGCGGCGCACACUAUCCUACCUAAUUCACUCCCAAAUCUACUUCAGAGGUGUUUGCAUGACUUUUUAAAGAGAAAAAAAAAAAGUUAACCAAGUGUGUUAUAGUGGAGGAUAUCGCAAAAUCUGGUGGGGGACCUAUUUAACGGUGCACAAUAUGCAUGCUUGUCGACCAGAUCCCAACUGAUUUUUAGCUCUAGUUGGCUUUGGAUUCUGGGGGUUUGGAUCUUAACGCUCAGCUGAUAACUGCCAUGCAUUGUACUGCACACAUUUGUAAUAGAACUGAAUGACUACAAGAUUUUAUUGCGCUAACUUCAUUUUAUAGGAAAAGAAGAAGAAGAAAAAAACACUGGUCUUGAAUCCAGAAAUUCUUACAUACAUUGUGUUACUGUUAUUUGCCCUAAUGACUGAAAAAUAACAUGCUCUGAAACUACUGUAGUUUAUCAAAAGCCAUAGUGAAAAGGUGCUAGAUGUUCUGCUUUUAGGUAUGAAAACUCACCUGCGUGAAUGCAAUAGUUUGUCAUGGAUCCCAUGUAUUCUUAAAGCAUGUUCUACUAAUACCCCUGAACAAUGUCAGUGAAAAUCAAUAUAGUUUAAGGGACUUUAAAAAAAAAAAAAAGGAAAAAAGAAAAAGAGAGAGAAUAGUGUUGUCAUAAUUAUUUCAGUGUAGUACUGUUUGUGCCUAUCAGGCUCUUCCUCUCAGUGUAUCAGUAUCUUUAAAAUGUAUCCUUCACAUAUAGAUACUUUGACUUCAUGUUGAUGUAAGCACUAUGAUUAUUAUUCUUACCUUUUUUGGAGUAAAUAUAUAAUUGACAAUAUUCAGCUAUACCCUGUUCAAUAAAUAAAU